AUGUUUCGCUCGGCAGUUUGUCGCAUCAAUACCGUUGUUAAGGGAAUUACUAUACAGUCGGCUGCACGGCCUUUAACAGCUUCUCAGCGAUGCAUGUCGAAGCAUUCCACAGAAACUGAUCAAGAAUUUGAUCAACGAUAUGAAACGUUCUUCAAUCGGCCAGAUAUUGAUGGAUGGGAAAUCAGGAAAGCAAUGAAUGAUCUUUGUGGAAUGGAUCUUGUGCCCGAACCCAAAAUCAUUAAUGCAGCCCUUAAAGCAUGCCGACGAGUUAGUGAUUUCGCAUUGGCUGUUAGGUUUUUAGAAGCUGUGAAAGACAGAUGUGGAGCUAAGGUUAAGGAAAUUUACCCAUAUAUUCUGCAAGAAAUCCGACCCACUUUAGAUGAAUUAGGAAUCAACACGCCAGAAGAAUUGGGUUAUGAUAAACCAGAGCUUGCAUUACAGAGUGUGUAUGAAAUGUAG